AUGCAGUGGAUGAAGGUGGUGUAUGCAGUUCUCAUGAUAGGCUCCAGCUUCUGCUCUGUAUGUGGAAAUGCUAUGCUGCUCCUUCUGCUGCUCUCUAACAGGAGCCUACAGACUGAAACGUGGACUUUGACUCUUAGUUUCUGCCUGUGCGACCUGGCCCUCGGUCUCUCAACCAUGCCUUUUGGAGCCCAUAAUAGCUUGUUCCGGCCGGAUGGCUACUCCAGUGCGAGCACACUAUGUCAGUGCAGUGCCUUCCUCUUUUUGCUGCUUCAGCUAGCCUCGAUCCAUUCACUCACCUGGGCUACUGUUGACAAGUUCACUGAGAUCUGCUUUGCUCUGAACUAUGCAAGAAUCUUUAAUGCCCGUAGGACAAGAGUGAUCCUAGUUGUCAUUUGGGUCUACUCCAUCUUAAAUGCAACUCUGCCACUGCUGGGCUUUGGAAGCUAUGACUACAGUGACAGCAGGUUCCUUUGUGCUCCUAGCUUCAAGCCUGCAAGCAUGGGCUUUAACAUAUUUUUUAUGGUGAUAGGAAUCAUUGUGCCUAUUCUAACAAUGUGCUCCAUGUAUGGAUACAUAGUGUAUGUAGCUAGGAAUCAAGUACGACGAGGGACGUUCGUUUGCAAUGAACAGCACUGUUUUUAUGUGCCUGCAAAUAAUUAUUUCAAGAGCUCCAUUGUCAUGGUGACAACUAUAGUGUGUCUGCUCAUUUGCUGGCUGCCGUACAUCACCAUCUGCUUCUAUGAGACUCUGACAGGAAGAGAGAGCCCUCAGCCUGCCUCCGCUGUAGCCACCUGGCUAGUUCUGUUCACAUCAACACUUAAUCCAUGGAUCAACUCCAUGUCCCAGACAAGGUACAGAGCAGCCCUGCUCCGGAGUGUGAAUAAAAUCCGACAAACAUUUGAGCACGCUCGCAAGAACUCUCAGCAUACAAGUUCAGAGACAUCCAGAGAAAAUCCCAGCUGUCCUUCUUCAGUGUCCAGUACACUUCAAACACCACAAACAAACCUAGAUCCUACAGGGAGCUAAGCA